GCCUCCCGAAAUGGCAGUGGCCCGGGGAGUCGGAAGCCCGAAGCCAGCGCCGCCGCAGCUAUAUAAGUGGGGGGACUGUAGGUUGGGGGAGCUCGGUUGCACUUUGGAGAGGCUUGUAGUCGCCACCCGAGGCAAGUGCCGGAGAGCCAGGGCCCCGCGGCCCCCCAACCGGCACCCCCGAGCCGAGCGCCCGGAGCCGGGAGCUGGGGCGCCCGGAUUCUCUGCCAGCCGCACGCGCCCCAACCCAGCGAGGCCCCGGGCGCCUCGCCGCCGCCGCGCCAUGCUCCACCUGAGCGACUUCUCCGGCCCCGACGCACUCCUUUCCAAGCCCACCGAAGGUUGCGCCCACACCAGUCCGGACCUGCCCCGGCUGCCUGCCAGGGACGCUCCCUCGGCCGCCGCGUAUCCUGGAGGCGACUUCUUGAGCUGGGCACUGAGCAGCUGCGGCGCCGGGGGGGACUUAGGAGACUCUUGCUUCCUGGAGGGCCCUGCACCCACGCCCCCUCCGGGCCUCAGCUACAGCGGCAGCUUCUUCAUCCAGGCGGUUCCCGAACACCCGCACGACCCGGAAGCCCUCUUCAACCUCAUGUCUGGCAUCUUGGGCCUGGCACCCUUUCCCAGCCCCGAGGCGGCAACGUCUCGGUCCCCGCUGGAUACCCCUUUCCCCGCGGGCCCGGAUGCCUUGCUGCCGGACCUUUACUCCCCGGAUCUGAGCUCGACCGCCUUUCCGGAGGCGUUUUGGGAGGCUGCGCCAUCGGUGGGCGCUCCUUCGCAGUGCCUGUUUGAGCCCCAGCUCUCCCCGCCCGACGUCAAGCCCGGGCUGCGGGCGCCUCCUGCUUCACCAGCGCUGGACGCUGCCACGGCCUUCAAAGGGCCCUACGCCCCCUGGGAGCUGCUCUCUGCGGGGGUCUCGGGGACCUGUGGGUCGCAGGGAAGCUUCCAGGCCACACCCGAAGCCCGUUUCUCCGCGGUAGGGACCAAGGUCGAGGACCUGCUGUCCAUCAGCUGCCCCGCCGAGCUGCCUGGCUCGGCCACCAGACUCUACCCGACAGGAGCCUACGACGCUUUCUCGCUGACCCCGGGUGACUUAGUGGAGGGGACCGAGUGCCUCCCGGGGCUGUUGACCCCUUCUGGCGGGGAGGGAGGGAGCGGCGGCGAAGGCGCAGAGUUCCUGGUCGCCUCUCAGCCUCAGCUGUCGCCGCUGGCCCUGGCCAGCGCUGCCACCGCAGACUUCUCCAAACCCCUGGUGGCCGACCUACCGGGGGGCAGCGGCGUGACCACGCCCGGGUCUCCCGCCGCCGCCUUUCCUGCGGCCAAAGCCCGACGCAAGGGGCGCCGGGGCGGCAAGUGCAGCUCGCGCUGCUUCUGCCCGCGGCCGCACGUCAAGGCCUUCGCCUGCCCGGUGGAGAGCUGCGUGCGGAGCUUCGCGCGCUCCGACGAGCUCAACCGCCACCUGCGCAUCCACACGGGCCACAAGCCCUUCCAGUGUCGCAUCUGCCUGCGCAACUUCAGCCGCAGCGACCACCUCACCACGCACGUGCGCACCCACACCGGCGAGAAGCCCUUCGCCUGCGACGUGUGCGGCCGCCGCUUCGCGCGCAGCGACGAAAAGAAGCGACACAGCAAGGUGCACCUGAAGCAGAAGGCGCGAGCAGAGGAGCGGCUCAAGGGCCUAGGCUUCUACUCGCUGGGCCUCUCCUUCUCCGCGCUGUGAGCCAGAGCUGGCCCCGUAGGUUGGGGGCUCCGCCGCUCGGCGUAUUGCCGGUCCCUCGUCCCCGCUAACCUUCCUGCCUGUUCCACGCACGUCUGGGGCCACCCGCAGUGCAGCUCCAGUUCCCCCGAAGCGCCCGCCGCACACGCCCUUUUCAGCACUGGCUCCGUGGACAGCGCCCGCUGUUUCGGAGUAGCCUAGCCCGCUACUCUGGAGACAGGGCUCUGGGGCCGCCCUCAGAGCAGGCACUUACUUGAGACUGAAGAGAAUUUUUGUAACUGGCCAAUGCUCCAUGCCUUCCUCUUUAUCCCUCCCCAGAGACAAGUUGUGCCGAGCCGGUCUCUCGAGAACUUUGUACAACAAUGUCCAGCAAGCCUUUGGAUGUGAUGUUUUUGCUUUGGGGUUAUUUCCUUUUUGGUGUCGUUCAUUUUUGUAAAGC